AGUGUAAGCCGUACAAACAUAAAGGAACUACAAUCCAGUUGUCAUGCUGUGCACUACAAACAAUCAGUACGAAGGUGUGGCGACUUUGGCUUCGACCAACCCGUCUUCCAUGGUCUAAUCUCAUCAAGGUGCAUACCGAGCAGUACUAGAAGCAACAAGGAAAAACACCUGCUAUUCUCAGAAGAUCCUGCUCACCUGGAACGCACGAUCCACAAAGGUCAACGUUCCACAUCGCUCGACGCAGUAGCUUUCACGUCGACUGAUGCUCGCACCAACCCAUCGACCGAUAACCGACCUUCAUCAUCGACCGAUAUACCUCGUUCGAAAUCGAUCGAUCCUACACCGCUUACAUCGAUCGAUCCUCAGUCGCGGAACAUGGUUGCGACUGUUAUUUUCAAACAGGAUAAGAAUGGAGACAUGUUUGACCUGGAUGGUCAUCUGCGUAAUACAACAGGUCAGAAACUAGACGCUCAGGGGAAUGUAAUCCCUGAUGCUGAUGCUACAGGAGCUGCUCAACCUGUAGAAGAGGCUGCUCCACCAAAGGCACUGGCCGAGUACAAUCGUCCAGACGAGUACUACACCAACAUAUCAGCUAUUUGCCUUCCAGAGAUUCAGAAGGAGAAUUUCGAGCUGAAGCCUCAGUACUACACACUCGUGUCGCAGCUACCCUACUCUGGGUUACCGCAUGAGCAUCCUAUGAACCAUCUGGAGAGGUUCGAGGAUCUUAUCGCUGCUAUUCGUAUGGAUAGAGUCCUUGAAGACUACAUAUUGUGCAAGCUCUUCAAGUAUACUCUGACUAGAGAAGCGAUGCACUGGCUUAAGAAGCUACCCACACAGGAUCUCUAAAAUCC